AUGGCUUCACUUCCCAAGACUUUCAAGGCCGUCGUCAUCACAGAGGCCAACGGUCCCUUCAAGCUGCAAGAUGUAGAGCUCCAGCACCCCGGGCCCGGCCAAGUUCUCGUCAAAGUCCUCGCGUGCGGCGUGUGCUUUUCCGACGUUGCCGUGGCCGGGGGCCACAUGGGAGACGUGUUCCCCCGAACGCCAGGGCACGAGAUUGUGGGCGAUGUCGUCGAGCUCGGCCCGGGCGUGAGCCAUAUUUCCAAAGGGCAGCGCGUCGGCGGUCCCUGGCACGGCGGCCACGAUGGCCAAUGUCGACAGUGCCAGCGUAGCCAAUUCCAAAUGUGCGACAAUGAGCUUGUCAACGGAGUCUCCAAGGAUGGCGGCUUUGCCGAAUAUGUCCUCCUCCGCCAGGAGGCUGUUGUUCGCAUCCCCAAGGACUCGGACCCGGCAGAGGUUGCUCCGUUGCUGUGUGCCGGUGUCACCGUGUUUAAUGGUAUUCGAAAAAUGCACGUCGAGCAGGGCGCGCUGGUCGCUGUUCAGGGACUUGGAGGCUUGGGCCAUCUUGGUGUGCAAUAUGCCCAUAAGAUGGGCUACGAGGUUGCCGUCCUCUCGUCUGGGGACGACAAGGCUGCUUUUGCCAAACAGCUGGGUGCUCACCAUUACAUCAACACGAGCAAGUCUGAUGGUCCCGCUGAGCUCAAAAAGCUCGGUGGCGCUGCCAUUAUUGUUCAAACGGCCCCCAAUCCCGAAGUCGUUGGGAAACUGGUGGGCGGCCUGGCUCCCGGAGGCAAGCUUCUUUGUCUCGCCCCGACGGGCGGUGUUCAAUUUGAUACGGUUGCCAUGGUGCUCGGCGGCUUGAGUGUGUGUGGGUGGCCUUCAGGUCAUGCCUUGGACAGCGAGGAGGCUAUUCGUUUCGCCAAAACUCAUGAUGUCAAAUGCAUGAUUGAGAAAUAUCCCUUUGCCGAUGUUCAGAAGGCUGUGGACAGCCUGGUAGCAGGCAAGCCUCGAUUCCGGAAUGUCCUCGUUAUGCAGUAG